AUGGAAAAAUUGGCUCUAGCAGUGGUCACUUCGGCAAGGAAGCUGCGGCCUUACUUCCAGUCCCAUACGAUCGUAAUCCUGACGACGCAGCCACUUCGGACGGUAUUACAUAGUCCGAGCCAAUCCGGACGGCUGGCUAAAUGGUCUGUUGAGUUGAGCAAAUAUGACAUCGAGUUCCGGACUCGAACCUGCGCGAAGUCACAAGUGCUGGCCGAUUUCUUGAUCGAACUCCCACUAGCCUCCUCGGCUAGCGAUAAUGUCGAAACUCCAUGGACGCUGUAUGUUGAUGGAGCUUCUUCCAAAUCAGGGGCAGGAAUCGGGGUCCGCCUCACUUCUCCUACAGGCGAAGUGAUCGAGCAAUCAUUUCGCUUGGCUUUCAGUGCAUCCAACAACGAAGCUGAGUACGAAUCUUUCCUUGCCGGCUUGCGCCUCGCAGUGGGGAUUGGUGUCCGAAAACUUCGAGCUUUUUGCGAUUCGCAGCUGGUCACCAACCAGUUUUUGGGGGAGUACGAAACAAAGGAUGGCCGCAUGGAGGCUUAUUUGUCCACAGCGCGGGAGUUAGUCGCCAAGUUCGAGGAGUUCGAAAUCACUAAGAUCCCACAAAGUGAGAACUCCGCUGCGGACGCUUUAGCAUCUCUGGCUUCCACUUCGGAUCCUGCGACAACAAGGAUCAUCCCCGUCGAAGUCAUCCAGUUUCCAAGCAUCCGGCUAGAGAGCACAAACGUCGUGACCCGCGCAAUGAAAAAACAGUUGGCCGCUGAAGAAGCAGCUCGUAAGACGGCUGCGGACUCUCGACCCCCGGAAGAUCCGGACCCUGUCUUGCCUACCCCAAUGGAAGUUCACUCACCUCUCGCCGAGCCCGACGAAAGUUCAGCUCCGGAAUCAUCGAGCUCACCAGCUGACAAUCAAGCCAUUAUCCCACAUGCCACCUCGAGCGGCACGAAUUCUAACAGCUGGGGGGCAGACGACUGGCGGAGCCCGAUCUGGGCUUACCUGGAAAAAGGGGAACUCCCAGCCGACAAGUGGGCAGCUAGGAAACUCAAGGUUAUCAGUGCGCGGUACUGCAUCCACAACGGAAUACUUCUACGCCGAAGUGUAGCCGGUCCUUAUCUAACGUGCGUGGCUGGCAGAGAGCCCGUGAUGCUAAUGCGAGCUGUUCAUGACGGUCCCAAUGGGAAUCACUCCGGAGGUCGGACUCUGGCUUUCAAAAUCAAACGGCAAGGAUACUUCUGGCCUACCAUGAUCACGGACUGCGAAAAGUAUUCUCGAACUUGUGAGAAGUGUCAGAAGCACGCCCCGUCAAUGCACCAACCUACCGAGCUCUUGUCUUCAGUGUCCGCGCCAUACCCAUUCAUGAGGUGGUCUAUGGAUAUCAUCGGUCCAUUACAUCGAGGACCAGGAGGAGUCCAGUACGUGCUCGCUCUUACCGACUAUUUCUCCAAAUGGGUAGAAGCGGCAGCCUAUGCGAAAGUAACAAGUGACGAAGUGGAACAGUUCGUGCUUAAGAGCAUAAUCUACCGCUACGGUGUCCCAUAUGAAAUCAUUACGGACAAUGGCCCGCAAUUCAUCUCUUCGAAGUUCGAAGAAUUCUGUGCGAAGUGGAAAAUUCGACUCAAUAAGUCAACCCCUCGUUACCCGCAAGGUAAUGGACAAGCCGAGGCGAUGAAUAAGGUCAUACUUGCCAACUUGAAGAAACGGCUCGAUGCUCGUAAGGGGCGCUGGCCGGACGAACUUCAGGGCGUCCUUUGGGCGAUCCGAACAACACCUCGGCGGGCCACUAAUGAGACACCUUUCUCCCUGGUUUACGGAGUUGAUGCCGUAGUCCCAGCCGAUAUAGAAGUGCUCGGAGUCCGUACUGCGCUAAAUCCACCUCGACCUGAAGAGAAUGAGGAAUUCCUACAGGAUACUCUCGAUACAAUCAACGAGCGUCGGGAUCAGGCCUUGGUUCGGAUCCAGAAUUACCAGAACGCAGUAGCUCGGUACUAUAACUCCAAAAUCCGAGGCAGACCCUUGGCAGUUGGCGACCUAGUCCUCCGGAAAGUCCACGAGAACACCGAGGAGCUCAAUGCAGGGAAGCUGGGAAUUAACUGGGAAGGACCAUACAAAAUUACUCGCGAAGUCCGAAAUGGAGUCUAUCAGCUCGAGGACUCAGAGGGGAAACCAGUCCCGAGGUCUUGGAAUUCUUUACACCUCAAACUCUUUCACAGCUGA